UCAGGCCGUUUGUCUCAGCCAGCCAUCUUAUGAUGUGGAUCAUCGUUCUGACGUUGCACGCCACGCUCAAGCCACCGUGACAUGUUCGCUACCGAACGGUUCGCGAUGAGGCUGAGUGCUGGGCUGGCUGAGCAACAGCUGGAACAGGCGAGCUGAAGAGUGGAGUGCCGUCGGGCACCUCGGCUGCUUCGAUGCAGCCGAGACCUUACUUAGGGAUGCCCUCGCCAUGCCAGAUUGUUGCGUGAGGACUUUCCAAUCCACUCGAUACAGUGGGAUUCUGCAUGCAAAAUGGUUGUCCAAGAUCUUGCCCUUUUGCUGGUCUAUCUCGGCCACAAGUCUCACAUCCCAUCGUUAUGGAUCACGGCGCUGGGAGCUACGGUGGGAGUUGCUAUCAUCACCUCAACCAUUAUUCUAUCGUUCUUUUUGAUACGAGUCCUCCUUCGCACCCGCCAACUGGUCUCCCUUUCCGAUGAGCCCCAGACCGUCCUGGGAAAACCCUUAUUGUUUCCCAUGAUCUUCAACCACACGCGCUUUGUGCCAGUCAAAGACCAAUUCAGCAACCGCUUUCUUGCGGUGGGAGUCCCCGUUGGACUACGAUGUCGCAUUGGCAAUCUCUUAGCCGUGGACGACCCGACAUUGGAUCUCCACGGUCCUCCUGGACAGGGCUGGUCGUGGACACGGACAUUGUCCCAUCUGAGCUGUUGGUUCAGCUUCGAUUCCGAGCGGUACCUGCACCGGGGCGACCAUCAACUCGAUCUCCGGGAAAAGCUGGAUGGUUUUCUACGAGAUCAGAAUCAAGACCCCGCCCAAUGGCCCUACGCCUAUCUGCUCGGCAUCCCACAGUUCCUCGGCUGGUCCCGCAGCGUCGUCUCCUGGUGGUACCUCUACACCGCAGACCGCGAGCUCGACGCGAUGAUCCUCGAGAUCAACAACUCGUACGACGAGAAACGGAACAUCUUCAUGAAAGUCUCCCGAGUCUCCGACCCACCGCUGCAUCCCCCGGAAUCCACCCAGAAAGAGUUCCUGGACCACUCCUACCAAGUCCGAUCUCUCCCCUCGCGGCCCCAGUCGACCUUCUACAAAGGCGUCUGGACCAAACACAUCUUCGCCUCGGUCUUCGAAAAGGUCGACGGCCUCGUCACCAACCGAUUCAUGGACCCGUUACAGCCCGCGUCCUGGAAACCCAACGCGUCCUUUUCCAAUAUGACGACCAUCGCGGAGUCCGGGGAAGUCAAAAUGGUGACCCGGAUGACUUGCCGUGAACCGGCGAUCGAUCCGACGCAAAUGACAUCCCUCCAAUUGUUGAAGUUUCUCCUCCACUGGACGGUCCCCGGCUUGCUCACCACCGCACAUAUCGUCUUCCAGGCCCUCCUGAUCCACUAUACCGGAUUGAUGAAGAUGUAUGUCAAGACGCCGGUCCGGACGGGGAGUGUGGGGCGUCAUGCUACUCAGACGGAAAUCGACCUCGAGGGCUUCUUCCGCGCAUACCUCGCCAGCCGUGUCGAGAAAUAUCCUCAUCCGGUCGAACUCACCUACCUCCCCUGUCGAUCUUUCAGCACCGAGACCAUCACCCUGCGAUCUGCGGCCUGCCAGGGGGAUGGCUCCAGCAUUCGUCGGGUUUCCAUCGAGCCCACGGAUCCCGGGUUCUAUACCCGGAUCGUCAACUACCCGGAUAUCGAAACGGCCCUGAAUACGGAACUCCACCCCACCGGGCUCCACGCUGAUCCUUCUUCCCAACGACUGCUGGUGUCGGAUCAGGCGCUUCUGGCCUCCAUUCUCACUCGUUCUCUUCAGACGAAGCCGUUUAUUCUGGAUUCUAAGAAAGAGACCUCUCACAUCUGGGGGAGGUACAGAGCAAACACCCCAUCCUUCAUGGAUGACUUUGUGUCCUCUAGGUCCUCGGAUCCCUCGCGGGUGGCAUACUUCUCCAUCGUGAGCAAACGGCGUCAGAUUGACCGAUUUGCCUUCGGGUCUGAGACUCUCCUGGGGAUAUAUACCUUCCUCGGAGCGUGUUUGGUUAGAUGGGUGGUUUUGGAAUUCAUUACUCGUGGCGGGGAUGUAUUGGAGGGAGGUAUCGAGAUGGCUGCGGUCGGGUUGGUGGGGUAUUUUCUGUCCAUGAGGGGGGUGGGUGUAGUGGGGGGUUGGAAGGGUAGAUGGGUAUGAUAGAUGAUCGUACUCUAUACGGUAGAGAAAAGGAAAUGUCGAUGAUUGAAUUCCUACACGUUCUCAAAGAUAGAUCUAGCCCCUUACGCAGCAAGAUUCCAUACCUCCACACAACACAGUCAUUC